AUGCUGUCACUUCUGUUGCAUUUCAAGCAACCGAAACCAACGAGGUGUUUGAAGAAGCAGUGCGAGAGCUCCGAGGAUAGCGAUGGCCAGCGAGAGGUGGUGUUUCGUGCCGAAGAAGAAAGGCAAGAAGGUCUUCAACCGACCUUCGACUUUCCUCUAUUCGAAGUUGCGAAGAAAAACGCGUUUCGACCGACCAUGGUUUCAGUGGCGAACGAAGACGAGGUGAAGCUGCUGUCCGCACAGCCGAGCCAGUACUUCGACUCUAGUCCCCUGGUGAAAUUCAAACACUGGCGCCAGUACCUCGAAAAUCUGGUUUGCAAUGCCUCCGAGAUGAAGAGGAAAAAAGGUGAGUAA